AUGAAGACAUUGAAAUACAAAAGCAAAGCGUUUUUACGUGCUUUCUUUAUUCAGCAUCCGUUGAUAGUAUAUAUAGGAUUACCAUCGCUUUGUUUAAUUAUAAUAUCGAAUGUUGCACAUCAUUGUUUGACUCGGCUCAUUCAGGUACAGCAUUGCGUUUAUUUUUUGGGUAUCGCAAAAGACAAAUCAGAUCCUGAAACAACAUGCCUUUGUUCCCCCUUGGCUGUUUGUAAAUUUGCUUGUCGAGUUGAAGGUGGUUUUGUUCGUGAUUGGAUCGUUGGAAAUUACAUAGCUCGCCCAAAGAAAGAUCCGCCAGAUUGGUUAGAACCUGAAUCUAAUCCAAAAAUCCCUGCACUAAAUAAAUAUUUAGUUCCAUCGGAUCUCGAUUGCCAUUUACCAUCACAUAAAUAUUUUGAUAUUGAUAGAUUUUUGGAUACUAUGCAUAAAUAUCGAAUUGAAUGUACCGUGUUUCGAGAAGAUUGGCGCCAUGUACUAUUACUAGAUCAAACUGCGAAAACUGGCCCAUUUACGGUGGAUUUAACCGAACCUCAUGUGGCUUUAACACAUGAUCGUAUUGAUUUGGAUGUUAGUAAUUUAUCAUUAGAAAAUGAUUAUAGGAAAGAAUUAGACAUGAGAGUUGAUAUUACAUAUAAGCCAUAUACCAUAGAAUUGGAAGCUAUAGUUGAUAAUAUAAAAGAAUAA